UUUUUGGUUUCUUUCCUCGUCGACGCACGUGGCGGAUCGAUGCGUGGCAGCCGACACGCGGGUCUCCGCAUCCUGGUGCCUCCCAGUGCCGCAAGUGCCCCUACAAGGGUCACCUGCCGGAUGUUGCGUCCUGAGCGAACUGCUUCGCCACCGCAGCUCAACGAUGGCGAGGGUCUGGCUUGCCGUAUCAUCGAAUUGGGCCCUCAUCCAUGCUCCUUCAACAGCCCGGUGCUUCUGGAGAUACCGCAUUUUGCUUCUCUUCGUGGGCGACAGCGUGAGAUUGUUAUUCUUCGCAGUGACGACGCGGAAACUUGGAAAGAACAUUCACUGGAGGCUUCAGAUCAGGCCGUUCGGCAAGCCCUUGGACCUGCCUUUGAUUCCCUCGAGACGUCUGAGCAGCUGCGUGAGAAGCGUAUCAUCCGUAUCCUCCUGACUGAUUUCCCUCAAUAUCUUGCUGUGGUCAGCCGCCUACGCCAGGAAAUAGCUAUGAUCGGGUCGGAUGGUGGCGUGCUAAGCUCAACCGUGGUGCCUCAGGUGCAAGCCGUCUUCCCCGAGGGCACCCUCCAGAAGAGAAUUCGCGUUGGACUUCAGGUGUGUGUUGCCACUAGGUGUCUUGUCUUCUGUGUCCUUUCGUCCUCCUGA